UUAGUUCACGUAGCGGCCACGACGCGAUACGUCGCUGGUGGUGUAGGUUUCAUGGGCAUAUAUACAAAUAGAUACAUAGAGAGCUGAGUUUCGCUGUCCCUCAGGAAAUUCGGAAUAAUUCAGUACAUCGCGACGUGGUUACGAAGAUCGGACGAUGGCAAAGUGUUCUCGCGAAGUGAGAUGUUUACUACGAAAACGAUAAAAUCUGGCUUGAUAUUUCACAAAAUCUUCAAUCAUUGAUAGCUAUUCGUCAUGCAACGAAGUUAUUAAAAUCAUAAGAAAUAACAAAAUUCAUUGAACGAGUUGCUAAAAAAACUCGAGAAAUAUUUUACUUUAGUCACCCUAUAUGUGUGCAUUGGCCCUUGCGCGGUAGGAACGGAGGAAGCAUUUAUUCGCGUUUAACGAGGGAAAAAUUUUUAAAAAAUAAAAAACGAGAAAACUACGACGGUUCGCACAGUGUAACAGGUGCAGGGAAACUGAUGUCAAAUCAGAGCAACGAAAUGCCGAAAAAACGAAUGAUGACGACGUGCACAAACGUUUCGGCCCAAGCCCAUCACGUGUCUCGGGCGAAAAGAGGUCAAACGUUGGGAUCGCUGCGAGGUUUCCGUGGCUGUACGGUAUGGCUUACGGGUCUCUCCGGAGCGGGAAAAACUUCGAUAGCCUUUCAAGUGGAGAAAUUUUUGGUGGAGCGUGGAAUAGCGGCGUACGGCUUGGACGGUGACAACGUGAGAACCGGUCUCAAUUGUAACUUGGGCUUCAGCAAAGAGGACCGCAACGAAAAUAUACGCCGAGUGGCCGAAGUCGCAAAGCUGUUUGCGGACAGCGGUCAAAUAUGUUUGUGCAGCUUCGUUUCGCCCUUCGAGGAAGAUCGCCAAAUGGCUCGGAGAAUUCACAAGGAUUUCGACCUCCCGUUCUUCGAAGUUUUCGUCGACACGCCUCUCAACGUCUGCGAAGCUCGCGACACCAAAGGAUUGUACAAAAAAGCGAGGCAAGGAGCGAUCAAAGGCUUCACUGGCAUCGACCAGAUGUACGAACGACCUGAAAAUCCUGACUUGAUCGUCAAGACCGAAAAUUGUACCCUCGAAGACUCCGCGGCCACGGUCGUCGACCUUCUCGAGAAAAAUUGCAUUGUUCCCAAUCUCACGAGUCACGGUACACCCAUUCGUGAGUUAUUCGUACCCGAAUCGAGAGUCGACAGUGCCAAGGCUGAAGCUGAGACUCUCAGCUUCCUUGAAAUCAACGAAAUCGAUGUCCAAUGGCUACAAAUUUUGGCAGAAGGCUGGGCAGCUCCUCUGACAGGUUUCAUGCGAGAAGACCAAUUCCUGCGAACUCAACAUUUGAGAUAUCUGAGCGACAAUGGGGCGGAAGUUAGCCAAUCUGUGCCAAUAGUAUUGGCGAUAAGCACCGCGGAUAAAAAUCGUUUGGAAAGUCUUUCCGCUGUAACCCUCAAAUACGCUGGCAAAUCAUUAGCUAUUUUGAGAAAACCAGAAUUUUACGAUCACCGGAAAGAGGAAAGAUGCGCUCGGCAAUUCGGCACAACCGAUCAGCGACAUCCGUACGUCAAAAUGAUCUACGAAUCUGGCGACUGGCUUGUCGGCGGUGACGUCGAAGUGCUCGAAAAAAUCAAAUGGCACGAUGGACUCGACGAGUAUAGACUCACUCCCAACGAAAUACGAUUGAAAUGCAAGGAAAUGAAAGCCGACGCGGUCUUUGCCUUCCAGCUUAGAAAUCCUAUUCACAAUGGACACGCUCUGCUUAUGCAGGAUACCCGAGAACGUUUGCUGAGCGAUCGUGGCUUCAAAAACCCAGUCUUGCUUCUGCAUCCACUCGGUGGUUGGACGAAAGACGACGACGUGCCUCUGCCCACGAGAAUUCGUCAACACAAAGCUGUUCUCGAGGAAGGAAUAUUGGACGCGAGAUCAACGCUUUUGGCCAUUUUCCCAAGUCCAAUGAUGUACGCGGGCCCUGUGGAGGUUCAAUGGCACGCGAAAGCUCGAAUGAACGCAGGAGCAAAUUUUUACAUCGUCGGACGAGACCCGGCGGGAAUUCCUCAUCCCGAUAAGAAUAUGACACCCGAUGGAAAUCUGUACGAUCCAUCGCACGGUGCAAGAGUAUUGUCAAUGGCUCGUGGACUUCAAACUCUAGAAAUAAUUCCAUUCAGAGUGGCAGCUUAUGACACGAAAAACAAGAGAAUGGCGUUUUUCGAGCCUGAGCGUCGGCAAGAUUUUGAUUUCAUAUCUGGCACGAGGAUGCGCGGUUUGGCCAGGUCCGGUGAAGUUCCACCCGAUGGUUUCAUGGCUCCAAAAGCUUGGCAGGUGCUCGCAGAAUAUUACCAGAACGUAGACAAAAAUUGACGCAGGAUAAGGACAAAUGAACUAUUAAAUUGUACAAAAGCGAGGAAGCAACGAAUGGCUGCUUCGUUGAAUAUUUUUAUCACGCAAUCAACUAUUUUACAUUCCUCUAAUAACUCAUAUUUUAUUCGUAUCGUUAUUACAUGUCGUAACGAACAAUGUUAUUAAUUUGCGCGAAAUUUUAUUAUUCUUUUUACCGGUGGUAGAGAUCGGCAGGUUAUGUGAAUGUGCAAAUUUUAUCAAUCAUAUUUAUAUGUGUAUUUAUGAUGUUUGUAAAUACUCUAGCACUUGGUUAAUGUAUCUUGUACAAAAGAUAGCUUAAUUUUCAUAUAUGCACAUACUAAAAUCAAAGUAUUAGAAAAAUUACAAGUGUACUGUGUAAAGUCCAUCUUUUAUCAUAUUAAACUAUUAAACCAAACUUA